CGGAGUGCAAGUGGCAAACAUAAACAACAGCAAGAACAAGAACUAAACAAACGCAGAUCGCUGUCUCUGUGUGCGUGCUAGCGUGCGUGUGUGAGUGUGUGUGUGUUACAGUGUGUUGUUAUUGCAUUGGUUAAAAAAAGAAUACAAGGCAAUUAAAGCUUUUGGAUGCGUGUAAAUGCUAACCGGUAAAGUUAGCCGAUCCCGUUCCCCUUGCCAAUACAUGUGCAACGCCAAACAACCGCAACAGCAGCAGCAGGAGCAUCCGCAGAAACAAUAACAAUACCGCAAGACGCAGCGAGCACGUUGUCCUGCCCCUGCCGCCAAACUGGAGCAGAGCCAUGGACACCAUUUGUAGGCUGUGCUUUCAGACAGCAACGCUAUUUCAAGUGCCCGGCUAUAGCAUACCCACGUGCGUGCGCUGCUCGGAACAGUUGACAAACAAUUCGAACUUCCAUCAAGCGGUGCGUGUGCAGGACGGCGCAGCAGCUACUGUGGCGGCCGCUGCAGUAGCCGCUGCUGCUGCUGCAUCCACGGCGGCCAGUGAGGGCGACGCGGUGGCGGCACAGCUGACAAACGGCAGCGCUGUUGCUGCUGUGCUGCAGUUGCAGCAGCAGCAGCAGCAGCAACAACAACAGCAGCAGCAGCAGCAACAACAACAGCAGCAGCAGCAACAACAGUUGCAAUCAUCAAGUUCUUCCGAGAAUCUACAAUCGCAGGACGAUUCUGAAGAUGUGGAUCUGAUAUUCAACGAGGAGGGCUCCUGCCCGCUGUGCAACAAGACCUUCUCGCGCAAAUCCUCGCUCAUGACGCACAUACGCAAUCAUUCGGCUGAGCGUAAAUUUGUGUGCACCUACUGCCACAAAGGCUUUACGCAGGCGGCCAAUUUGCGUAAUCACGAGCGGAUACACACAAAUGAUCGGCCGUAUCAGUGCGUGGACUGCGGCAAGACCUUCACCCAAAUCACAAACCUUAACAAUCAUCGACGUCUCCAUACGGGCGAGCGUCCCUUUGUGUGCAAUGAGCCGGAAUGCGGACGCAGCUUUGCCCAGGUGACCAAUCUGAACAACCACAUGAAGUCGCAUCACAAGGUGCAGCAGUAUUGCUGCAACGUGUGCAGCAAGAAGUUCACGCAGGUCACCUCAUUGAAUCAACAUCUGCAGGCGCACGCCGGCGUCACCGGCUACUAUUGUCCGCGCUGUCCGGAAAAGAACUUCAAGCUGCAGUCACAGCUGCAUACGCACAUGAAGACACACGGCCUGGCCUUUCCGUAUGAGUGCAGCAAAUGCGAUGAGAAAUUCUUGCAGCAAUCGCAUCUCGAUCAGCAUCUGAAGAUGCAUGACGAGUUCAAAUUUAAGUGCGACAUAUGCCCGAGCAGCUUCAAUCAGGAGUCGCUGCUCAAGAAGCAUGUGCAGCGCCACGUCGAGGGACGCUACCUCAACUGCCCGGUGGCUAACUGUGCCGAAUCCUUUGCAGUCCGACAGCAUCUAUCCAAACAUUUGCUCACCAAUCACUCGCAUCACGAGCUGCCGCCACCGAAACGAUCCAAAAAGACGAUCACCCUGCAGUCGCCGCAGCAGCCGCUGGCCAUGAUCGGGCAGCCGCUCUCGCUGCAGCAUACGACGGGGCAGCGUGGCAGACCGCCCAAAAACAAGAACAAGACCUCACUGGCAGCUACGGCCAUUAAAAUUGAAAUCAACGAGCCGUUGCACAGUCAGCACAUCAUCAGCAGUGCCAGCGGCCUUUCCAUACAGCAGCAGAUCAAUCAGCAUAUGCAGCAGCAGGCGGCGGCGGCGCAACAGCAGCAGCAGCAGCAACAGCAGCAGCAGCAGCAACAGCAGCAGCAGCAGCAGCAACAUCUGCAUUUGCCCAUGGGGCAGGCGGUCAAGGCGCGCUUUAUACCCACUAAAUAGAAGUUAGUUAGUCGCGAGAGCGAAGGAGAUAGCAAGCUAGAGCGAGCGAGCGAGAGAGUUGGAGCGCGUGAAUGAGAGCGAUGUGGCUGCUCAGUAGCGUUUGCGAUCGAUCUGGCGUGGCGUGUUUACCCCCCUCCCCCCUCCCCCUCCAAAUUGCCCAACCGACCCACAGUUCAUUUAACACUAGCAAUAGUUAACAGAAAAAAGUUUUGAACAAAAUGCAUCACAUAUCCUGCGAGCACAUACAUAGACAUAUACGCAUACAUACACAUGCAUACAUUCAUACAAUAUGCAAAUUACGUUAGCCGAUAACCGAUAACUGAUAAACCGAUAACCGUUAAUUGAUUGCACAAGUGAUGGCAGCCCGCACAGACGCCAACUGGCGGCAGCGGCGCAUCGGCUGAGGCUGCUGGUUCGGUUACUCGGCUCCUCGCGCAUGUCGCGACGGACGCCGCAGCUCUUGCGCCAUUCGCGGCUGCCAGCUUGACGCCUGCGCCAGCGCCUGCUCCGUCACUUAAACAAAACCAUAAGCAAACCAAAAAAAGCAGCAACAAACAAUAUUCAAUAUAUACAGCUUUUAAACAAACAAACAAUUAUAUAUAUAAAAAAAAAAACAGCAAAAUACAUCCAGCAGCAAUUACCAGACGAGCGAAGACGUAACGCAUUAUCACGUCACGUCACGUCGCGUCACGUCACGUAACGUAACGUUAAGCAACUACAAACAAUUGUAACUUAAAUCGAAUUAAAUUGUAACAAUUAAGUGUAAAGUUGUAAUAAGCCAGGCAAAAUGCAUAAAAACAGAUUUACAAAAGUAAAACAACAACAAAAAACGAAAAGAAAUAC